AUGGCGUACAAGCCGCCGGAUUCCUUUGACUUUUCGAAAGGAGAAACAUGGCCAAAUUGGAUACGACGAUUCGAAAGAUUUAGAACGCUAACAGAGCUCAACGAGAAAGAAGAUAUAACCCAAAUAAACACUUUGAUUUAUACGAUGGGCGACCAAGCGGAAGAUAUUCUGAAUUCGUUUAAGUUGAAUGAAACUCAGUUCAAUAGGAGAGUACAAAACGAACACGAAUCAGUCGAAGAAUUUAUAACCUCAUUAUACAUGUUAGCUGAACACUGUGAGUACGGAAAUUUACACGAUCAAAUGAUCCGUGACCGCAUUGUUGUCGGCUUAAUUGAUGCAAAUGUAUCGCAAAAGCUUCAACUUGACCCUGAUUUAACGUUUAAGAAAGCACAAGAUAUUGUUUGA